AUUACAUAUCCGCAACAUUCCGAGGUGCUCCUGAAGGCAGCAGCAGCUCCUGAGGAAACGAACCUGAGCAGAAGUGAACAUGAACGACAGAAACAAGCCGGUGACCCUGAAAAUCAUCCUCGUAGGAAACUCAGGGGUGGGGAAAUCCUCCUUCAUGAACCGGUUUGUGAAUCACCGCUUCACCAACAUGUACCGGACCACCAUCGGGACAGACUUCCUCUCCAAAACAGUCACCAUGGAUGGGGACACCGUCAACCUGCAGAUCUGGGACACCGCGGGCACGGAGAGGUUUCAGUCUCUGGGCACACCUCUGUACCGAGGAGCUCACAGCUGCCUGCUGGUGUUCGACGUCACAUCCAGAGACAGUUUCUCCGCCCUGGAGGAGUGGAGGAAGGAGUUUCUGAUCCAGGGAGAGCCUCAGGACCCGGACCACUUCCCCUUCAUCGUGCUGGGCAACAAGACCGACCUGAGCGACAGGGAGGUGUCUGGCGCAAAGGCCCAGCAGUGGUGCAGCAAAAUCGGCGCACAGUAUUUUGAAGGAAGCGCUAAAGCAGACCUGGAUGUGGAGAAGCCGUUCAUGACAGCGGCUCGGAGCGGCAUACAGCAGUACAAAAAACACACAUUGGAAAAUACAGGACAUUUCCAGAUAACCUGCGAACAGCCGAGAGAAACUCGCAACGCCUGUGAGUGCUGAGUCAGCGCUCGUCCCCGAGAGGCCGGGGGAAAGUUCAGAGAGACCUCGGCACUGCUGAUGAUGACCUAUCUAACGAGGGUGCAAAAAUAGUGACCCAGCAAAGGUACUGUGGAAGGAAAAGGACACAUUGUAUACCACAUGGAGAGAGGAACAAACUCAGUAAAUGUUUUUUCUGUUUUUUUUUUUAUCUUGAGAACCUUCAGUUUAUGGUCUAACUUAAGGCAUCACUACUAAAAAACACUGCUUUUGCAUGCAUGUCUAGUUUUUGUUCAACAGACACACUGACACACACACACAAAUUAUGAAUGCAUAUGAAGAGAGUUUUUGAGAAAGAAAGAAAUUGGGAGAAAAGCACAAAACAUAGACACCGAGGCGCCGGCUGGAGAAAAAAGGCGGCAAAGCGGAAAACCUCGGAUCUUCCUGGCCUUUUACCGUGACAAAGUAGAUCUACAGUCCUGCAACGCUCCCUGUACAGAUCGUCGUGUUGUAAUGAACCUAGCAGUGAUUCAGACUCCCACAGUGAAUCAGCUCGACAGAAGCAAACCAUCAGGGAGACUAUAUAUCUAUAUCUAUAUAUAUAUAUAUAGUCUCCCAUAUAUAUAUAUUUGUUUCUUUUAUAAGUAAAGACACGAAAAGGCAAUCGAGAGAUGACCGACAUGUAAAAACAGUUUGUUACAGCAGGUAAAUAUAUAAAAGGCCAAGAUGAUG